UCUGUCAUCGCGACAGAUAACAAGUUUCGACCGCCGUUUUUUCGAAAGGGAUGGAAUUUAAUACGAAACAUCGAAAAUUAUCCAAAACUAAAAAUUCAGUUCGUACUCCCGCAUCUACAAAACCACGUUUGACCAAAAAGAGAAUCGUUACGCGUAAACGGAAAUGUGUGUGCUUUCCUGAAAAUUAUUCGGUUGUAGAAUUCCCGUCUAUAUGGAAUGAAUUGCGACAGAAUGGCCAGUUGUGCGAUGGUACGAUUGUCUGCAGGGACAUGAAAUCAAUACGAAUACACAGAGCCAUACUCUCUGCUGUUAGUCCUUAUUUCAAAGCGAUAUUUAUAAAUUCGCUAAAAAAAGGGCAACCUGAGGAAACGGAGAUAUUUGUUGAUGUUCCGAGCUAUUACAUGAGUUUAAUUCUUGACUACGCCUAUACAGGUACAUGCACAGUUACAGCAGAAAAUGUAGAAUAUUUAUUGCCUUACGCAGAUCAGUUUGAUAUAGUAGGUGUGAUACAAUCAUGCUGCCAAUUUCUGUUGCAAGAGCUAAGACCUCAUAACUGUCUAGGUAUAUUCAAAUUUGCUAAAUACUAUUUCUGUGGCGAACUAGAGAAAAGGGGAAAAUUGUACAUAAGACAGAAUUUUAGCAGAAUACUUAAGGAAUGUAACGAAUUUAAAUCUCUAUCUUACGACGAGCUUGAAGAUAUUUUACGUGACGACGAAUUAAAUGUUCGUAAUGAGGAAAUUGUAUUCCAAGCGGUAAAAACGUGGGUAGAACACGACAUCGAAACCAGAAGGAAAUAUAUUCCCUCGUUAUUGUCUUGUGUGCGAUUUGGUCAUAUCAGCUACAAGUAUUUUAAAUCCAAAAUAUUACAAUGGCAGCCUGUAGUCGAGGACGAGAAAUGCCAAGAAGCGUUAUAUCCCGCUGUAGUGUUUCUCACAGUACUGGAUUCAAGACCCGGCACUGAAGCAGACCUCAAUGAUCCGUUAGCACGACCUCGAAUACCUUAUGAAAUUCUUUUCGCUGUCGGUGGUUGGAGCGCUGGUAGUCCAACCAGCUUUGUGGAAACCUAUGAUACAAGAGCUGAUCGAUGGUUUCUCUCAAUCCAUAUGGACCUUACGCCCCGUGCCUAUCAUGGAUUGUGCACUUUGAACAAUUUGAUCUACAUGAUCGGUGGCUUCGACGGAAGUGACCAUUUCAAUACGGUGCGAUGCUACGACCCUGUGGCCAAUACCUGGCACGAAAGGGCAUGCAUGUAUCAAGCGCGAUGUUACGUUAGCGUUGUUGCGCAUGGUGGUUUAAUUUAUGCACUUGGCGGGUACAAUGGUCGCACACGUAUGUCUUCAGUAGAGCGAUACUACCCUGACAAGAAUCAGUGGGAGAUGACAACGGCUAUGAAUAAACAAAGAUCCGACGCCUCCGCCGCUUCUCUAAGUGGAAAGAUUUACAUUGUCGGUGGUUUCAACGGACAAGAAGUGUUGAGUUCAGCAGAAGUCUUCGACCCUGACACAAAACAAUGGAGCUUCAUCAGGUCAAUGAUCAGCCCGCGCUCUGGAGUAAGUCUCAUCGCGUACAGGGACUGUUUGUAUGCACUUGGCGGAUUCAAUGGAUACAGCCGUUUGAAUACUGGAGAGAGUUUCAACCCACAACGCGGUGGCGAGUGGCAAGAGGUUACGGAAAUGUUCAGUGCCAGAAGUAACUUCGCAACCGUUUUGCUGGACGACAUGAUUUUCGUUAUUGGAGGAUUCAAUGGCUCAACCACCAUUUCUCAUGUCGAAUGUUACGAUGGUGACACGUUGGAGUGGUAUGAUGCGGCGCCAAUGAAUUUGAACCGUUCAGCUCUCAGCGCCUGCGUUCUCGCUGGAUUGCCAAAUGCACGCUCAUUCUCCUACCUGGCCAAAGCUGUACCGGCGGCUGGAGCCGAUCAGGCUCAUCAUUCAUAAAUACCUUAUGAAAAACAUCCAAAUACAAACCUAUGAAGCUAGAACAAUCUCAUGUAAAUCCUUCGCUAUAUACAAAUAACUUAGUCUCUGAUUAAAGUUAUUUUGUGUCGUUUUUUUAUCUAAAUUGUUUAAUAACUAUUGUUAAUGAUAAAGCACUGUGAUAUUUUGAUUGUACAUCAAGUUUGUGUAUAUAUUUUUAUACAGCAUAAAUCAAUGACUAAUAGAAUUAUUUUAAUGUACAGAACACAAUCAGUUUCUAUUUUGUUUUUAUUUAGACAUUCAUCACCAAGGGUGAAAAUCCCUGAAAAUGUGAUUUUAGCGAGGGAUUUAUUGAAAAUUUUUCCAGUUGUGUAGUUUGUGAUAAAUUUUAUUUUGGUACAUUUGUGUAUAGUUCGCGUCCAUAGCAAAUCAAAAUGGUCGCGUUUUCGAUGUGUGUACGAUAUUGCUUGCGGUGAGCGAAACCGGCGCGGUAUUGUUGUAUCUGUGAUAUUUUCAUAUAUUGAUACAAAAAAAAUGUAAAAUUAUAUUUUUUAUUUCGAAAAAUUUACCGUACCCGAUUGAAAGAUUGAUAAAUUCACAAAUAAAGAAAAAUCAU